UUCUGAUUUGGAAAACAAUCAAAAAUUUCACGUUUCGGAUACAGUUUAGCAGUUUAGUCAUAUUUUAAGAAAUAGCCGGUUUAGAUAAUGAACUAAGUCACAGCUCUAUAGAAAGAAAGGAGUGAUUAUACAACUGUCACCAUGACAACCAUAAGGCCAUUCACCUGUGAUGACAUGUUCAAGUUUAACAGUGUCAACUUGGAUCGAUUGACAGAGACAUAUGGCCUUCCAUUUUACAUGCAGUAUCUGGCUAGAUGGCCCGAGUUCUUCCAAGUUGCUGAGUCACCUACAGGCCAGAUCAUGGGAUACAUCAUGGGAAAGGCAGAGGGUACAAAGGAAAACUGGCAUGGUCAUGUGACUGCCCUCACAGUUGCUCCCGAGUACAGACGUUUAGGACUCGCUGCUCGUCUAAUGAAGAAUCUGGAAGAAACAUCUGAUAAGAAAAAAUGCUAUUUUGUGGAUCUCUUUGUACGAGUUUCUAACACAGUUGCCAUAGCGAUGUAUGAGCGCCUUGGAUACACAGUUUAUAGAAGAGUGAUAGAGUAUUAUUCUGGGGAAGUGGACGAAGAUGCAUUUGAUAUGAGGAAAGCACUGAGUCAAGAUAAAGAAAAGAAAUCUGUUAUACCGUUAAAACACCCUGUAAGGCCAGAUGACUUGGAAUAACCCUAAUCACUGUUGAUUUUCAAAGUAGCGACCAGACAACCUUUCUGAGAUCAUUGGACAUAGCUAGCUGUCAUCUGGGAUUAUAUUGGACUCCAUAAAUUCCACAAUAAAUUCCAUAAAAGGACACAGUGGCCUGAUAUAUGGAAAUGUUCAACAGAAGAAUGCUUGGUGGACUUCUCUAGAAAGAUUCAUUCUUCCAGCUUUCAGCUCAUCUCUUAUUAAUACUGGCUCAUUUCAAAGUCAGUUCAGUAGCAUUGAUCCCUUAGUGAACAUUUUCAGAAUAUUUGCUGUUGAAUUUGAUAUUGAAUAAUGGAGUAGUGGUUAAUUGAAUAUUAAUGGAAUUCUCCAUUGCAAACAAUAUAGUCCAACUUGAGCUUUGUGAGGGAGAAUGCCGGAUUGGACCUCAUUUGUAAGAUUCCAGGCUCAUAGCCAAAAGAUCAUGCAAAAUCAUCCAGUUUAUCACC